AUGGGUGCAAUAUUCAUGGCCAUUAUGAUCCCGCUCUACAUGGGCUUUGCUGUACAAUCUGCGCUGACUUGUGCUAUCAUCGAAGUCGUCAAUGAGAAAGAGUCCAAGAUGAAGGUGACCCAGGAAAUCUACGGCCUAACGCCGCUGAUGUAUUGGGUCUCCUGGGCAGGCUACUUCGGCAUCGUUUCGCUCGUGUGCAUGGUGGCGCUCUAUUGUUUGUUUACCCUCGCUGCGCCGGUGGUUUCAAAUUCAAACCCGCUCUUCGUGCUUUUCGUGAUGGCACUGUCGUACAUGCAGCAACUGGAAUUUGCUGCCAUCAUCGCCGUGUUCUUCAACAGGACCCAGGCGGCAUCAAGCGCGGCCAACUUCUUCGGCUUCAUCCUCCUCCUCGCCGCGGUUGGGCUUCAAGGUCUUCUUCGAGGCGCACCGAAGAUCUUGUGGUACCUCGCGGGACUCCUCCCAAGCGUCAACGUCUUCAAUGGCUUCGCCGGCCUCUUUUGGAAUGAGGCACUCUACUACUGCGACGCGGAGGGCUGCACCAAGGGCCUCAUCAUGCGCUCCCUAUUUGCCACCGAGCUCUGCCCCGUAGCGACCUAUCCGGACCCGUGCCCUGCUCACAUUGAGAUCUUCUCCGCGGGAGAGAGCAUGAUCCUGAUGCUGGUAGAUGUGGUGCUCUAUGCUGUCGUAGCCUGGUGGUUGGAACAGGUUUGGCAAGGCGAGUAUGGACAAGCCAAGCCGUGUUUCUUCUGCUUUGACCCUGCCUUUAUGUGCCCAUCGCGGCAUCGGCGGAACGCGGGUUUGUUGCAGGAAGACGGCCUCGAGUCCGGCCGCGAAGAGUUGGCCAUGUCCAUCAAGAACAUGCGCAAGGUCUUCAAAGGCGGCAAGGUGGCGGUGGAUGGGAUGGACCUCGAUAUCCGUCGUGGGGAGAUCUUCGCACUCCUGGGACACAACGGCGCUGGGAAGACCACAUGCAUGAACUGCACUUGGGCAACGCCGCUGAACUUAAUGAACUUCGUCUUAGGCGUGGUUGGAUUGAUUCCGAUGACAAGUGGCAGCGCUUCUGUUAGCGGCUACGAUGUGCACACGCGCAUCGAAGAUGUGCGGAGGUUCUUCGCGGGCCUCAGAGGCAUCAGCUCCCAGCUGCAAGGGGCGAAAGUGAUGGAGGUGCUGGUGGCCUUGGGCAGCGGAGAUGCACCUCAGCACAUCCAGCUCAAGGUCAAGGAUCAGCAGGGAAGCGAGGUGCAGUUCAAGAUCAAGAAGACGACGCCUUUGCGCAAGCUCAUGGAUGCAUACUGCAGUUUCAUGGUGGAUGGCGAGCGCAUCGCUGCAGAUGACACGGCUGAGAAGCUAGGACUUGAGGAUGAGGUCGCCACGGCGCUGCUUGGGGAGACGCCCCUGGUCUUCCUGGACGAGCCGACCAGCGGCAUGGAUCCAUCCUCCAGGCGCCAGCUCUGGCAGCUGCUCCUGAAGAUGAGGUCCACGGGGAGGUCCAUCAUCUUCACCACCCACUACCUCGAAGAGGCCGAUGUCCUGGCCGACAGGUUCGGCCUUGGCUACAACCUCCAAGUCGCCUUUUUGCCUGGAGCCCCCGCGCCGGAGGAGGCGGAAGCGCUAGGCAGCCUGAUCCGAAAGCACGUGGCCACGGCCACUCUGCGCAGCCCUGAGCGCAGCGACGAGGAAGAGCAUGCCUCAAAGCCAAAGUGCAGAAGCAACAUCAACAAGCACAUUUAUGUUGUGUUCUGGGUGCUGGGGCUGGUGCUGGGUGCUGCUGGUGCUGCUGUGCUGGUGGUCCUGGUCCGGCUGGUGCUGGUCCACUGGUGUGCUGGGGCUGUGCUGGUGCUGGUGGUCCUGCUUGUACUGGUGGCGUUGCUGGGGAUGGGGCUGGGGCUGGGGCUGGGGCUGGGGCCUGGGCUGGUGCUGGUGCUGGGCUGGUGGUCCUGCUCUAGUGGUGUGCUAGUGCUGGGGCUGGUCGGUGGUCCUGCUGCUGCUGCUUGCUGGUGUUGCUGGUGCUGCUGGCGCUGUUGGUGCAGAUUCUGGUAG